GUCAUUCAAAAGAAAGAUACUAGGAUGUACUUUCCUGUGGUACUGUUUAUUAUGUCGAACAAAAUUUAAAGGGAAAGGUUCACGGUUCAGAGCAUGCUCCUUUAUGAAAAUGUUUUUUUUCUGCGGCGACAUGCUGUAUCGCCUACGCAAACAAUAUGAUCAUGUCAAAAUGAUGUGAAAGAACCAAUCUGCACGUACACUCCUCUCCUGGCAGUCACUUAAUCAACUUAUGUGCAAAUAACUGUAAAUUAAUCAACCAUGGAAUAAAACCUUCGGGUCAACAAUAAAUUCAACGUUGGUAGUGUUGGCAUAAUCCACUAUUUUUUUCUGCGAUUUUAGUACUCCUCCAUCUUACUUCAGGUUUCGCUGAAAUAAACUUCUACUUUGAAAUACACUCUGAGAUCGCUGAGAUACAUGUUAGGGGAAUUAUUAACCGAUAGAAUUAAUAAUAAAUGGAAAAAAGUAAUUUAAUUAAUGAGCAUGCGCUUAACCGUGAACCUGUCCCUUUAAGUUUCUCACUUUGAAGUCUGUGGGUAAAAUCCUAAAUGCGACCAUUCCAAUGAACGCUACUGAGGAGACUGUGGCUGUGAUGCUGUUUACUAUACUGUAAAACUAUUUAACGUGAUUCUAACUUAAUGCGACUCUGAAUUAAACCGCAAAGUAUAACUAUUGUCGAAAUAUUAAAGCGCUGAGAAGUAACUUCUUGUUUGUUACCUUUGAUUAGUGGGGUUGGCAAUUUGCCGCGAAUUUGCCGGUUAGAGAGCCGUCUAUAGAAUGUCACUUGCGAGGCACAAUAAAAGCCAGUUUUCAGUUCGUUUAGUUGGCUCUCCUCAUUUUAGGGGUGCAGAUUCCAGCAGGCGGGUCAGUGAAAUACUACGGAGUGUGAACGUUGAAAUAAACUUUUCUUGUAAAUUCGAAACUCGACCAGCAAGAAAAGUAGUAAUUAAAAGGGAAAAAUUGCGAAGAAAAUGCAAAUGUAACAGGAAAAGUAUAUUUGCCCACUGGGCAAGCAGGUGUGAAAUGCAAUUUGUAUUAAUGACUGAAAGUUUGUCUUCCGUUUUCCAAACGUGUCAUAAAUGUUGCCGAAUACUUUAACUUUGACUGAAGUCCUAAAUAUUCGUCAAACGAUUUCCAUAAUUGUGAUUCGAAUCACCUUAUUUAAUUCUUUCUUCAGAUGUCGCAGCGCAUUGUAAAGAGGAGGACGCAAAGAGAAUAUCACAAACUAUUUUGAAAAUGGAAAACUUGGUCUCAAGUACAGGAAAUUCUUCUUUUGAAACGUCACUGACGCCAACCAAUGCUUCACUGAAACCAAGUCGACCAUCAGUGGCCAACAAGUACCGCCAUACAGCAGAGGAAACACUUAUUUUUGUGUUUAUCUACACUCUUCUCGCGUUGUUGGUGAUACUGAGCAACUCACUGAUCGUUAUAGCCUUUAAACGCAACAAUAAGCUCCGCACUACGACCAACAUGUUUUUCGCGAGCCUGGCAAUCUCAGAUUUUCUAGUUGGCGCUAUCUCUAUACCAUCCUGGAUAUAUUUCCUGAUCUACGACCUGAACAAUUCUUUUCCAAGUGCAGCAAACAUGGAGUUUCGAAGAGUCUACACGUUUUUCGAUGUGUUCAGCGCACUUACAUCGAUUGCCCACCUUACAGUCAUAAGCGUGGAGCGAAACAUUGCUAUUUCAAAACCUUUGCGACACCGAGUCAUUCCAAAAUGUUAUUACCAGUGUGUUCUUGUUGCAGCUUGGAUAUAUGGGAUGAUCGUAGCGGGCAUCUUUAUUACAGAUUUCAAAUCAGAUUCAUGGUCGAGAUACCGAGGGCUGCUAACCACAACAGCUGGCUUCAUUGUUCCACUAGUAAUCAUAAUUUCCAUGUACGCCAACAUUUACAAAAACGUGAAACUGUUCAACAUUCGUCGACGAUCGUAUUCUGUCAGCUCCAUCCAGAAAAAAGUUCAAAAUGAACGAGCAACAGCGAACACUGUUCUGAUUGUCACCAGUUUAUUUCUGCUGUCUUGGCUGCCGUUUUUCACGCUUUCGUUGCUAUUCAUCUUCUGCCCAACGCUGAAAUGCGUUCCUAGAGGAAUGAGCCUUUUGUAUCUGGUGGACUUUGUAAAGAUUCUUCACUACGGAAACAGUGCCAUGAAUCCUGUAGUGUACACCUUUCGCAGUUCAGAAAUGAGAAUGACGCUGAUACGGAUCGUCGCUCCAUGUCACGUUCAGACGCCUGUCAACUCCGUGCAACGGGUCAUUCCUCCAGCCGCCCACAGGAUUCCUUUUGAAACCGCGAAUGGGCGUCAUUCCUUAUCACCAUCAAUUUACAAGGAGGUCAAACGCCAGGAUCAUUACUUGUGA